AUGGCUGCCGCUGCUGCAUUUGGGGGACGCCGCCAGCGAAUAUUUAGGGACAGAAAGGACUUUUUUGCAAUUUAUACCGACGAAGAACUUCUAAAACGUUUUCGUUUAGAUCGAGGUGGUAUUUUGUUUGUUACGGACUUGGUCAGGGACGCCGUAUCACCAUCUACCUGCCGAAACAAGGCCAUCUCGGCAGAAUUUAAAAUUGUCUGUACGUUACGGUAUCUGGCAACAGGUAAAAUGCAAUUAUGUAAUGGCGAUGACUUUGGACUUUCCCAGCCAAGCAUCAGUAAGGUUAUUACGGAAACGUUAAACGCCUUAACGACGCCAGUUAUAAUUCGACGUUUUAUAACCUUUCCUCUCAACCAUCAUGAGGUGCGAAUGAAUGAAGCCGCAUUUUUGCAAAUUGCUGGAUUUCCUGGCGUUGUCGGAGUUAUCGACGGUACUCACGUCCGUAUCCAGGCUCCACACAAAGACGAGCCUGAGUUUGUCAAUAGGAAGCACUUCCACAGCCUGAAUGUACAAGUAAUUUUUGAUGCCGAGUACAAGCUGAUGGAAGUGGUAGCCAAGUGGCCCGGGUCAACUCACGACGCACGGAUUCUGCAUGAGAGUGGCAUAAAGCAAAUGUUUGACCGGCGUCUCUUUCCCGGAGGAUGUCAUCUGCUAGGCGACAGCGGGUACCCAUGUAAAACAUGGCUCCUGACACCCUUCCUGAGACCUCAACCUGGCGACCAGUCACGCUAUAACAGGUAUCACAAUUACAUCCCCUUUACAACUAUGUAG